GAACACUAAAAAAUCCUUAAAGCGCAAGAAUUGCAGAGAAAGGCCAAAGGAGAAGACGAUGAACACGGAGGCCUAUAUUCAUCGAUCACACGCCAUCUUGUCGUGCUUCGUCACCGUUCAUCACCACGAAACACCCGCUUUGAUCUCCUCCACUUCCACUUUCUUCUUCAUUCUAAGUGCAUAUUUUGUAGUUCUUCCAUUACGUGAUGAUGGUGCUAUAUCGUUAGGGUUAGGGAAUCUACCGGGUUUAUUUGUGGGAUCACUGCUUCUCACAUUGGUUGCUGCCCCACUAUCCACACUGAUUUUCACAUUGCCUAAUCUUUCAAAAGCCAAGGCACUGGCAAUGAUACACAGGUUUUUUGCCAUCUCUCUUUUAAUAUUCUUUGCUUUUUGGCUCUCAUCUACUCCUGGAAGCUCUUUUAGUCUCAAGGGGUUUUUUACCAUGUCCAAAAUAAAAGAGGAACUGAAGAUCAAAGUUAACCAAACCGGUGCGUCCUCAGCUGGGUGGGGCAACCAUGGAUGGUUUUACAUCUCUGUGAGAAUCAGCUUCUUCCUAUGGGUCGCUCUGCUCAACCUGAUUACGAUCUCCUCAACUUGGGCUAGAGUGAUUGAUGUGAUGGAUAGCAAGGUUCAAGAUUGUUUGGGUUCAUAGGCGCUGGAGCCACACUUGGCCAGCUCUUUGGUUUGUUGUUCGCCACAUGGAUGGCUUGGUUAGGACCAUAUUUGCUUCUUGUUGCUGCCCUUCUCAUGGAACUUGCUUCACAGACAUCUAAGGGAAUAAAUAAAGACACCUCCCAUCUCCAAGAAGACCAGUCUUCAAUCAGGUUAGUAGAUGCUCAUCAUGCUAUUCAAACUGAGGCGGAACAGAAAAAUUGCUCUCCUACAUUGUCUUCCUCAACACAAAAGCAUCAGAUGUGGGCCUUAUUAGAUGGAAUACUGCUUAUUCUGUCAUCAACAUACUUACAAUGCGUAGCCUUGUUUUUGUGGCUGAGUGCAAUUAUCUCAUCUUUCUUUUACUUUCAGAAAGUGACUGUUAUUGCCAAAACAGUUACUAAUCCUGUUGGCAGAAGGAAAGUAUUUGCUGAGAUCAAUUCCUGUAUUGCUGUUUUUAUCCUCGUAGGUCAGCUUACUUUAACGGGGCGCAUCCUUACUAUUGCUGGGAUUACUUCAGCUAUUUGUGCGUCUCCCUUUGUUGCUUGCAUAAAUUUAAUUACAUUAGCUAUUUGGCCUUCAUGGAUUCAAGUUGCCAUAUCAGAAACUCUAAGAAAGGUGGUGAAUUAUGUAGUAACUAGGCCAGGACGGGAGCUCCUUUUCACUGUUGUCUCACAAGAAGAGAAGUACAAAGCAAAGGUAUGCAUUGAUGUAAUUGUUCAAAGGCUAGGGGAUGCCACCGCAGCUGGCAUGUAUAAGCUAUUUGUCAGCACAACCAACGACAAGGCAUCAACAGUCUCUCUAUAUGCACUGCCGGUGUGCUUGGUAUGGAUAGGGGUAGCUUUCCAUCUAGGAGGCAAGCAAAAACAACUUUCAAGGCUUCAGGCAUUUGGAGAAGUUGAAGUUGAAAUUGCUACAAGGAGCUAAUCCUUUUCCCUUUUCUUUCUUCUUCUUUUUUUUUUCUUUCCAAAUUUUGAAUUUGUAAGGAAAUUCAUUUCUCUCCACACAGUUGGCCAAAUCAAUGCCAGAAACAAAUGCAGCUGCAUGAAAUCAUAAACAUUGUUUUCUUUA